AUGCUGCGUAGCGCUGUCAGCCGCACUGCCCUCAAGGCGACCGGCCAGAGUGGCCUUGGUGGCUCCUCUAGCCAUGCCGAAGGCAUGCAUCCCAAUCUCGGACUUCACAACGCCGCAGCUAGCGGCAACAUCGGUCUAGUCAAGUUCGCCCUUGAGAAUGGUCAGCCCGCCAACAGCAAUCUCAACGGUAUUUUGCCCUUGCAUGCCGCCUGCUCUGGUGGUAGCGAGCAAAGCGUUCGUAUGCUCAUCUUCCACGGCGCCGACGUCAACGCACCCCGUCUCAAGGCCAAAGGAUCUAGCGGUGGUCCAGGUGCCGAAGGCUCAACACCACUCCACUUUGCCGCUGCCAACGGUCAUCUCGACAUUGUUCGCAUUUUGCUCGAAGCAGGAGCGCGACCGGCUGCAGCAGACAAAGAGGCUCUCCUCCCUGAGGCUCUCGCUCUUGGCAACGGUCAUACCGAAUGCGCCAAUCUUAUCCGCUCCUGGAUCUCCGCAUACGGCUCCAACGGCCUCGCUGGUAUGGUCGAAUCGCGAGACACGGUCAGCGGAGACGUCACCUUGGGCCCAGCUGCCUACAUCCGUUACGCCGCUUCAGGUAGAAGCGCCUCUCCCCUUUCGCCCAUCACAGCAUCCAGAAACAACCAGUCUAGCAGCAGCAGCAGCGGCAGCAACAACCUCUCGAGCUCUCACCUAGCGACUCCUUCAUCAGCACUUAACAACAAGUCUUCAUCCGAAACGCUUUCAGCCAGCAACGCUUCCAAACUAGCCGCCUCACGCUCCGGCUCAACAUCAAAGGGUGGAUCUAUCUUCAAGACGAGCUCCAACCCCAAUCUUCGCAACGAUGCAGCUUCGUUUGCCACUCCUCCCUUGCCUCUCGCUUCGCCAGCAUCACUCACGCCUUCUCAAUCCAUGUCAUCAUCGUCCGCAUACCCUACAGCCAUCUCUCCCGCUCUCGCCGCAUUCCCUUCCGCGGGACCAUCCUACGACUCUUCGGACUAUGCUGCAACAUCAGCAGCCUCCGCCCUUUCGGCAGCCGUUCCUGGCAACACUACAAGUGCAUCAGCCACCGGUAGCGCACGCGAAUCCAAGAGAAGGCCUUCUCUGCCCUCCAUACUAGAGAAAGCGGCACAUCCUGCUGCUUCCUUGCGAGCUGCCCUCGCUAGUGGAAGCUCGUCCAAUCAGAUGGGCGGUAGUAUGUCACAGGCUUCGUCUAGUAGGUAUCUCGAUCAUUCUUUUGACGGCGCUAGUACCACCAGUCCAGGAAAGAAGCACGGCAAACUUGCAGGCAAACGUAGUCUCUCCAACAUUCUCAGGAAGGCAACAGGCAACACGCCCAGCAACAACCAACCCAGCACAUUCAACUCCUCCAUGCAUGGCUCCUCCAGCUCCUUCUUUUCCGACGCAUCGGCUGCCAGCAGUACCAGCAUAUUGAAUGGCGGCACCAUCAACCUCGAUGCCCUUGCUAAGCCGGGUCGGACUUCCGGCAAGUCGUUCGACUAUCAGCGUCCUGCAGCCUCUUCUCAGCGCGGUCUCCGACGCAACCCUGCUACUGCUAGUGAGAGCUCCAGUGAAGAUCCUGAUGCAUGCAAGAGCACCACAGCACCUUCACAUCAGACAUCCUUUGUUCCACCUCCUCUUCCGAUUUCACGUUCAGAUGCGUUAGCCAUCGAUCAGCAGCGCAGACUCCGUAGCGCCUCCUCGUCUUCCUCGCUUUCGGCAGCCCGCGAGCAGUUCCUCGCGGAUGGCCACGUCCAGCGAGCUCGAGCGGGUUCCAAUGAGCAGGUGCGCGGGGCCUCACGGGCUCCGCACCGUGGCAAUGUUUCGUUGGAUCUCCUCCGGCCUACUUACUUUGGUCAGAACGAGGACCCUAUCAUGGGCAGGAAAAGUGUGGAAAGGUACAGGGCAGGCACCAACCAGAACAGCCGUAUCGAUGCGAUGAAGCGUGUUGGUGCCGAUCUCAGUCAAGCAACAGGCCCAGAGACGAGCAGCCAGCGGACUCGGGAGUCUGCUGCGACCUCUCACAGCACUGGAAGAGACAGGUCAGUUAGCGGAUCAAGCUCUCGCAGUACUAACACAACUGAUAAUGACGCCAGCCAUGCCGAGUCGACCAUGAGCGAAGCCGCCGAUGAGGACGACCCGCAGGAGUUCCUUCAUCACACUGGAUCUGACGCAGGUGACCGGACUCUCGAUGGUGGCGAGAGGCAUGACUCGCAUCGACUCCCAGCUGGUCUAAGGAAUAUGACGGCGAUCCGGAAGCAAAGCAACAAGGAUGCUGGUGACUCUUCGGCUACAGAGGCAGGCGUUGCUGCAGCUAAGGACGAAAGCACGAGACUCAGUGGUGCGCUAACGAGCAGAAUGACACGCGGUCGAUCUGGCAGUCACGUCUCAGCCGUAAGCUCGGGCUCUCAAUCUGGCAACAGUGCUCGCGGUGUAGGAUCCGCUUCCAUCGAAAGUGGCUCACGCAACUCGCCUCGCUUCAACGCAGGGUACCAAGCCCUUUCGAUCGCGGAAGAACACGGCCUGGCUACCACUCGCCCCGGAUACAUGCCUGGGACUGGCAGCAGCUCGUCAGUCUCCACACGCGCUGGUCGAGCGCCAUCCGUCGCAGAUAGCUUAGCGAGCCAUGCAUCCUCAUCAUCGCUCCGAUCCAACUACUUGAGUGCUGCUGAGCAAGCGCAAGCUAUCCUCAAUCAUGAGACGCCUUACGCUUCUGAUGGACCCGAUGGAACCAGCACAUCGCUCGCAGCCCAGCUCGCCGCAUAUGGAGAAGCAUUGGCUCAGGAAAGGAAGCGUGCAGGAGAUGCUAGAACAGGUCCAUCGCCCAGUCUGAGUACAAGAGGCAGCAAUGCAGCUCUGUGCUCCAAGCUACCUAGUGUCAGUGAAGAUCAGUCGCCUUCGCGUUCUGCUGCAGCAGGAGCAGGUCACAGCUCACGCAGCUUCUCGGUCAGCGAGAAUCGCGCGCCGAACUAUCCAGCUACAGCGGCGCAGUCAUACAAUCGACGUGUGUCGAGAAGGCCGCACAGCAGCGAGGGCCGACCGUCGCAAGACGGUGCCGCCAAAAAGGGUGUGUUGGGUUCAAACAAUAUGACGAUUGACCAUUCAACUCUUUCAGCAUCUGACAGGGCCAAGUUGGGUCUCGAUCCUGAUCCCGGCGUAGGCGACUCUGCUGGAGCCAAAGGGCAAGGGCAGGGGCAAGGGCAGGGGCAAGGGCAGGGGCAAGGGCAAGGCAGUGCUUGGGCUCAAUCGCUUUUCGCUCCUGAGAAUGAAAAGAACGCCUCGCCUGGCCUUGCAGGGGCCAGUGGUCUAGGAUCUCCUAUGUAUAUUCACACGGCACAGGGAUGGGGAGGUGCAGGUGAUCCCGAAGUGCAGAGCCAUGGUCUUUCUCACGCUUCAAGCAGCCGGGCGACCGAUGCUGGCUCAGAGGUUGGGCCCAUGGUUCCGCCGAAAGACCAUCCGCCACAACGUCGUCACAACCCAGUCACCUUCAACAGUGCAGCAGACAUGCCUAUCAGUCUCAGUGGUCGUGGUGUCGACCAAGAGACCGGCGAGAUUGAUGAUGAAGACGAAGACGAUCCCAAGACGCCUGUUUUAGGAGGUAAUAAAGCUGUGCUUGACAAGUUCGCUACUUCUCCUCGAAGUUUGCAUCGUCACAGCCCAUCGAUGCCGACCGAGCUCAGCUCGUACACCGCUGCUCGGCGUGAGAGAUCACCAGGUCGCCCUAUGGCAGAUAGUGGAGCAAGUAGCACAACCAGCCUCACGCCACCCGUGCCACCGCCUCGCAAAGAAUCGAUCCAUGUUCCUCCUCCUACCGGCGGCCUCGGCACACUGGGGCCGGACGAUCCAAGCGCAUCUCGCCUGAGUGGUGGCAGCAGAAUGCUCACCCCAGACUUGGUUAUGUGGUCCUCUUGGCGCAAAGCAGCAGGAGAGGGGGGAGACGAAGUGAGCGGAGACAGGACCACAGGCUCAACAUCGUCCCGUCGAUGGGAUGGCUUGCGAAGGCCGAGUCUCAACAUGCUUCGUAGUGCUACUUCGUCGUCGACACAUUCACAAACGCCUAGUCAGCAUUCGCAAGGAGGCAGUGGUACAGAUGAGAAUCAAGGACACAGCCGGUGGUCGACAGAUGAAACGAUGACUGGACAGAACGACCAGUUCAAGCAUUCUUCUCAACAUUCUCAGCAGCAGUCUGGUGGUAGCGGGGGUGGGGUGGGUAAGCGUAGACUUGUACGCAACUUGCUCAACAAGGCCAAGGGCACAUCCUAG